GUCACAGGUGACCACAGACCAGGGAGCAGGAACAAAGAGUCCCCAGACUAGGGCGCUGAUGAAGCUGAGAGCGCUGGGUUCAUAGGAGAACUCUGGGCUGGGACUAGGUCACAGCCUGACUCCCCAGGACGGGGAGCGGCCGGAAAGGGAGCCGAAGUAGGAAACCUCAGGGACGCCACACCCUUUACAGCUGCUUCUUACAAGUCAGAGAUGCAGAAACAGGAGUGGGCUAUGAGGCGCACAGCCUAGGUGUGGACCCGGGGCUGUAAGUGAGCUCCCUGGAGGAGCCACCCAGGAGGAGCAGGGCUGCAGGCAGCUGAUUCUCUCCAGGUAAGAUCUCUGGAAGCUGUCGUGCCAGCAGCGGCCACCCCACACCACUCGCAGCUCCAUCCUGGGAGGACAGAGACGUUCACCUGUGUCCUCGGAAGAAGGGACCAUGACCAGACUCUGGGGGACCUGCCAGCUCCUGCUUGCCCUCCUGGUGGCCCUGGUGGCCCUGGGGGGCAGCACGCUUGUAUACAAGGACACGAAAAAGGUCUUGAGGGAAUUAAGGAACGUCAGCAGCUCAAGCAGCAAUGUGAAGCAGUGUCUGUGGUUCGCCAUGCAGGAGUACAACAAGGAUAGCAGGGACAAAUUCCUCUUCCAGGUAGUCAAGGUGUGGCAGGUGCAGAUGCAGGUCACGGAUUGCCUGGAAUACUUUAUUGAUGCUGAAAUCGCCCGCACCAACUGCAGAAAGCUUCCAAACGGUAAUGAGAAUUGCGUGGUUAAGAACACCUCCAAACCGGAAAAGAGACAAAUGUGCACCUUCUGGGUGGGCGCACUCCCAUGGCACGGCUAUUUCACUGUAAUGAAGAAGCAGUGUGUGGACGCCUAGAGGCUCUGGAGCCCCGCCAACAUCCCUCCCUUUAUGAAGAAGUGAUGGCCUGUGAGCCGUUACCAACACCCUUUCCUCAC